UAAUUAUCCGACGACAUUUCCGCAUCGCCAGUUUUCAAUCUAGACGCUUUUUUUUUUUAAAGAAGUUUGAUCCUGUUGAAUGUGAGAUUAAAGGUUUGUUUUCAGAUUUUGAGCAGAGAAACCAGCUGACAGCGGAAGUACAGUAAAGAUGCAGUCUCUCAAAAAUCUCUUCUCUGCUCCCUGGUCUUCUACUGCAAAGCUAGAUGGAAAGACUGUGGUCAUCACUGGUGCCAACACUGGUAUUGGCAAAGAGACAGCCCUCGACCUGGCUAAGAGAGGGGCAAAGAUCAUCAUGGGGUGUCGCGACAUGGAGAAAGCAGAGGCCGCUGUGAAAGAAAUCAUCGAAGGCUCAGCCAACCAGAAUGUUUCCUGCCUGAAACUCGACUUGUCGGACAGCAAGUCGAUCAGAGAAUUCGCUGAAGCCAUCAACAAAGAGCCCAAACUCGACAUCCUCAUCAACAAUGCUGGUGUGAUGGUUUGUCCUUACGGGAAAACAGCAGAUGGCUUUGAGAUGCAGAUCGGCGUCAAUCACUUCGGUCACUUCUUGUUGACAUAUUUGCUGAUUGACCUGAUUAAGAAAUCGGCUCCGGCCAGGAUCAUCACUGUGUCGUCCAUGGCUCACUCCUGGGGCUCCAUCAACCUGGAGGACAUCAACAGCGAGAAGAGUUAUGACAAGAGCAAAGCCUACGCUCAGAGCAAGCUGGCCAACGUCCUCUUCUCCCACACUUUGGCUAAGAAACUAGAAGGCACCGGUGUGACGACCUAUUCUCUCCACCCCGGAGUGGUCCAGACGGAUUUAUGGCGUCACCUGAAUGGCCCUCAACAGUUUGUCAUGAAGAUGGUCAGUCCGUUCACCAAAAACUCAGUCCAGGGAGCUCAGACGACCAUCUACUGCGCCGUGGAGCCAUCACUGGAGAAUCAGACUGGUGGAUACUACAGUGACUCUGCUCCUGCCAAGUGCUCAGCGUCCGGUAAGAACGACGACCUUGCACAGAAGUUGUGGGAGCUGAGCUGUCGGCUGCUGUCGAUAACGUGGGAAUGAGGCACUCAACAUAACAAUCCUUUCUCUCCUGUCCUGUUGAAUGUCUUUACUAAAUGGUGCAAUAUACUGUAUCUUCUCUCACUACUGCCUGCCAAAAAAUAAUGUGCAAGACGACAAUACCUCAGCAUGAAUUGUCUUACGGCUACUUAUUUUUCCAACACUUCUUAUAUGGACUUUUACAUACUAACAUUCAUAGUUACACAACAUGGCACUACUUAUAAAUAAGGAAAUACUAAGAUAUAAUUUGUAUUAAGUUUAAGAUUCUGAUUUUAAGAAAUUAUUUCCAUCUUAGGCACUUUUCUAUUCAUUUUUGAACAGCUUUGCAGUGGAUAUGUGGACAAAGUCGUAAAAUAAUGCAGACUGAAACUGAUUUGUAACUGAUUUGUAAUGUUUCAUACUACAGUUGUCUACAUGUUACAUGUUUCAAAUCUUUUCUCUACCUGUAUUUUCUCAAAUUAAACUCAAUGUUGCACUGCAUCAUUGAGUCAGUCAUAUUUUUGCUGUUUCAAGAAUCCAUCUAAAGGUUCAGUUAUUGUCAAGUUUCUUUCUGGUCCAGAUGAUUUAUUUUAUUAUUAGCACUAACACUUACGCCCACAUAUUACCUCUAUGACCUUUUUUGAUAGAACACAAUAAAGUCGACCGCAGUUU